CUGCUACUCGCUGCUGUCCAACGUGUCAACCGUCAAUUGACUGUUCUGUCCAACACAAGUGACCUUCUCGCUGCUCGAGAUUCCUUAUUGCCAUCAUGUCCUCCGCCCUCUUCGCGCAGCUCCUCCGUCGCCGGUUACCGUCUGCGCUGCCCUCACUGCGCGUGCCGGUUCGCAUCUCUCCUCCGCGUCUUGCUGUCCAGAUCCAGAAUUUCCGUCCCUCGCAAUCCCGCCUCAUGGGGUCCGUCAGCGCCAUCGAUUCGAGUAUUUUCCGCACGCUGUUUGGCACGGAGGAGAUCCGGCAGGUUGGUACAGUACAAUCCGACUGUGGAUGCCUGGCAGAUUCUGACUGACUUGGCAGGUCUUCAACGAUGA